AAUGCAUCGGGGAGGAAAGGUGGAAAAGAAGAAAGGAGUAACUGUUCAGAAGGAAGCUGAUGCUGAGGAGGAAAUUGGAGUCUCUGAAAUGGUGGAGAGCACUGAGGUUGAAGAAAGGGAGCCAUCUCUGUUGGAUCUGAUGUCAAUAUUGCAAGCUCAUAUGGGUCAACAGGAGGCUCGGGAAGCAAGGCAGGAAGAGGUAACUGCACGACAAGAACAAAAAUUCAAAGCAUUGCAACAUCAGUUCCAGGUUUUACAGUUAGAGGUGCAGUCCCAGACAUCACCAGUACCUGAGCUACCAUUACCUACCACAGAGUCAUCAGAGUCAAGGGAGCUACCUACCAUUUCUAGUUCUCCUCAAGCUCAAGCUGAAUCCAGUCAGUCAUUAUCAGGUCAGUUUUCAUUGCAUGAACCCAGACUGGAAAAGUUGACUGAUAGUGAUGAUAUUGAGCAUUUUUUGACCACAUUUGAACACAUUGCCUUAGCAUAUCGUUGGGAAAAAACAGACUGGGUUUUUCGUUUAAUACCACUGCUAACGGGCAAGGCAAGAGGGGCAUACGUUCAUAUGGAUAUUGAUGACUCUCUCAGCUAUGACAAAGUUAAAGCUGCAAUUUUGUCCAAGUAUGAUGUUAACCCUGAGACCUACAGGCAGCGAUUCCGUUCACUGGAAGUCAGGCUUGAUGAGAACCCUAAGGAGUUGUAUGCUCGACUUAAAGAUCUUUACGGGAAAUGGAUUCAGCCAAAAGGUAAAACGAACCAAGAAAUUGGUGAAAUAAUCAUCCUUGAACAAUAUUUGAGAAUGUUGUCCCCUGAGCUACAGGUUUGGAUUCGAGAGCACAAUCCGUCUUCUGCAGCGAAGGCAGCUGAGCUGGCAGAAGUGUUUGUAGCUGCCAGGAGGAAAGGACAACCUUGGACCUGUAAUGCAAAUAAAAUGCCAAAGGAAGGCCCCAAAUCAGCCCAGAUGUACCAUCAGAGGCCAGUGUCAGCUGAUAAAACUCCUGUGGCACCACAUGGGAGGAACACUUGGAACAUCUGCAUGCUGUCUUCGACCGUCUUGGUGCUGCUGGGUUGACGGUGAACCCCUCUAAGUGUGUUUUUGCCUCUGCUGAGACUGCAUACCUGGGCCAUGUGAUCGGGAAUGGGGUGAUCAAGCCUCAGGUCAGUAAGAUCCAAGCCAUUGAGUCUUGUCCUCUCCCACAGACAAGGAAGCAACUAAGAUCUUUUUUUGGGCAUGGCAGGCUUUUAUCGUCGGUUCAUACCACAAUUCUCCACCAGGGCAGCUCCACUAACUGACUUGAUAGGCAUCAAGUGUCCUAAUCAGAUUAACUGGACAGAGGAGGCUAUAGUAGCUUUCAAGGACAUCAGUCAUUCACUGAGUAGUGAACCAGUUUUGUACAGUCCAGACUUUAAUGAGCCCUUUUUCCUUCAAACUGAUGCAUCUCAUAGGGGUCUGGGAGCAGUGCUACUUCAAGGUUUGGACGGAGAACGUCAUCCUGUUGCUUAUAUCAGCCGAAAGCUGUUCCCAAGAGGUUCGGUAUUC